AUGAUCACGCAGGGAGAACUUAGUGAUCUGGUAAGGGACCUUGGGUUAACUAAAAAUAAAGCAGAACUCCUGGGGUCUAGAUUACAGCAAUGGAAUUUACUGGACAGAGGAACUAAAAUAUCCCAUUUUCGUGACCGGCACACCGAAUUUGCAAAAUUUUACAACAAAGAGGACAAUAUAUGUUACUGUGUAGACAUUGCUGGAUUAAUGACAAAAUUGGAUGAUGAGUAUGAUCCUGUAGAUUGGCGUCUGUUUAUUGAUUCUAGUAAAGUCAGUCUAAAAGCAGUUCUGCUACAUAACGGAAAUGUUAAACCAUCCAUUCCUGUAGCCCAUGCAGUGGGUAUGAAAGAAACAUAUGAAUCUAUGAAGACACUUCUUAAAGUUAUAAAGUACACUGAUCACAACUGGAAUAUCUGUAGGGAUCUCAAAGUUGGAUCUCUUCUUCUUGGGAUGCAAUUGGGGUACACGAAACACAUGUGCUUUUUGUGUCUGUGGAACAGUCGUGAUGAUGCAAAUCACUAUCUCGUCAAAGACUGGCCUGCGAGAAUUGAUCCGGUACCUGGACAAUUUAACAUUCUUCACGAAUCGUUGGUGAAUCCUGACAAAAUCUUCCUUCCUCCUCUUCAUAUCAAAUUAGGAAUAUUUAAAAACUUUGUCAAGGCGCUACCUACUGAUUCGAAAGGAUUUAUUUAUCUUAAAGAUAAAUUCAAAACCACUCUCACAAACGCAAAGAUAGCUGCAGGAGUUUUUACUGGACCACAGAUACGUGAAGUUAUUCGUGACCCAAAUUUCAAAUUACAACUAGAGCCUGUGGAGUUGCUGGCUUGGGAAGCGUUUGUGGCACUGGUUCAGAAUUUUUUAGGAAACCACAGAUCAGAAGACUAUGUGAACUUGGUAGAAAACUUCAUAAUGGCAUACCAAAACAUGGGUUGUAGAAUGUCCCUAAAAAUCCAUUUCCUCCAUUCCCACCUUAGCUUCUUUCCUGCCAAUUUAGGAGCUGUCAGUGAUGAACAGGGAGAAAGAUUCCAUCAAGAAAUCUCUGUUAUGGAACACCGGUAUCAGGGUCGUUUUGAUAGUAACAUGAUGGGGGAUUUCUGUUGGUUUCUACAGCGUGAAAGUGAAAGUCAAUAUAAGCGCAAAAGAUCAUUAUCGACAAAUUAUUUUUAUUAA